AUGCCGAUGAUGCAACAUGGUGCAUCAUAUGAGAUAUGCCAAAAGCUCAGCACCAUUAAGGACACCGACUGCCAGCUGGGCUCCCAAGCUGACCGAAUGCAACUCAUUAGAAAUAACAUAAUGAAGGAGUGGAAACUGGCACACGAGAGAAGCAUGAAGACUUAUAAUACCAGAAGUAAGGAAGUUACUUUCAAAAUUGGACAGGUUGUGUAUCGAAAGAACUUUAAACAAAGUUCACAGCCAGAAGCGUACAAUGCCAAAUUAGGACCGAAUCAAAUUAAAUGUAUUGUCCUUAAGCCCAUAGGCAAUACGAUGUACGAACGUGGGGACACUAGCGGCAAAAAGGUCGGAGUGUAUCAUGCCAAAGACAUUUUCUUGGCAUAA